AUGUCUUCUAAUGUGUGUAAUAUAAUUAAUUUGAUCGAUAAAUCUUUUGAUGAUGAUCCGAACAACCCGGAAAAAUAUCAAUAUAUGGAUUUUUUUAAUUCGUAUUGCCCUGAAAAAAACUGUGAUACAGAUGACAAAAAAAUUAUUUCUACUUUUAUAACAUUACUAAAAAUUUUUGAUGAAAUUGACGAUGAACAUUUAGAGAAUGAUAAACUUGCUGACUAUGCUAUUUUAUGGUUAAGUUAUAUAAUAAAUCAAAAAACACAAAAUGGAACUACCACAUUAAACGAGUUUUAUACUGAUCGUGUAGCAAAAUAUAAUAAAUAUGAGGAAAAUAUAUCUACUAAUAAAAAGAUUAAUAAGGAUGUUAUAGAUAAAAAAAUAAAAUCGAUGAAUAUUGAUAUUAAAGAUAUAUCUAAUUUUUAUGAUGCAUUUAAAUCAUUAUGUAACAUGUAUAUUGAAAUUGUUCCAGAUGACUACCAAUGCAAUAAAUGUUUAGAAAGUGCUGGAGAAUUGUUUGAAAAAUAUGAAAAACUUAAAAAUGCUUUAGAUAUUAAUAAAGGAAGUUUUUAUUUUCAACUAUUGUCUAAUUUAUCAAAUUAUUAUAAAAAUUUUGAAAAUGAAUAUAAUCGUGUUAAAUGUAAGAAUUCCCCACCAUUUGUAGCUUGUCCACGAAGUUCAGUAACAAAAAAUACAUUAAUUACAAUUGCAAUUAUAUUUGUUGCAGCAUCAAUUUUAUUGGGAGUUUCUUAUAAGUAUUCGUUAUUUGGAUUUCGGAAACGAUCUCAAAAACAACAUUUAAGAGAAAUGCUAAAAAAAUAA